AACCGAUUCCGUCAAGAAUUCGAAUUCGGUAGUGUACUGCUCACGAUCGUUCACGUCCUUCCUCAUGAUUCUGGAGUUUUCACCUGCCGUGCCUACAGCCCACAAGGAGAAGCCACUACCAGUACCACUGUCAAAGUGCCAGGUUAUGAGACUCUUAUGCUUGACUCGCAUCACCCGGUGUCUUGGCAGAGAAUUCAGGAGCUCGAGGCACCAAAGGUCGUCGAAGAGGUCGAGGAAGUGAUCCAGCGCGAGAUGCCUCGCUUCGUUACCCAACUGCAACCCGUGGAAGGCAUUCAAGAAGGCCAACCAAUCCACCUCGAAGCCACCUUCGAACCGACAAGAGAUCCCGACAUGGAGGUGGUAUGGAGGAAGAACGGGCAACCAAUCAUCGCUUCUCAACUCGUUCAAACUCAUCACGAACUCGGCUGGGCUACGCUCGAUAUUCCAAUGGCCAACGAAGAUCAUAACGGCAUUUACACUUUAACGAUCAAAAACAGCGAAGGUAUGGCGGUAUCGACCGCACCAGUGAAGGUCACCAACUUGGCUCCAGUACUCGGAGACACCAGACACGAGGAAUCGUGGCGACGUAUCCAGAUCCUCGAAGCGCCAAGAGAGCCCGAGCCUGAGGCACCAGCUCGUAUCUACGACCCUCCGUUCAUCACCACCCAACUCGAGGACAAGGAAUGCAACGAAGGCGAUCGUGUACACUUCGAAGCCGUCUACGGACCUGUCGAUGAUCCAAAUCUGCAAGUACAAUGGGUACGAAACGGAGAGCCACUCGCACACGGUUCCAAAUAUGCGAUCAGCAAGGACUUCGGCAUCAGCACACUCGACAUUGCUUACGCUUUCCCUGAAGAUCAGGGUGUCUACCAAGUGCGCGUCUUGAGUCCAACUGGUGAGGCUGUAUCGUCAGCGACACUGAAGUGCCAUGGCAAGGACGCGAUCCUCGGCGACACACAGCAUGCUGAAUCCUGGGCUCGUAUCCAGGAAAUUGAAGCUCCUAAACCCAAGGUACAAUUACGCGACACGUUGAAUCCGCAGUCACUCGAUCGUAUCCGGGAGAUCGAAGCCGACAAACCGGCUGCACCCGAGGCUCCGGCGCCAGUCUACCCAGCGCCACAAUUCACUGCACCUCUCACUGUGCAGGGAGCGCUCGAGGAAGCUGGCAGUGCCCAUCUUCAAGCUCAAUUCACUCCUAUCGACGAUCCAAACUUGAAGGUCGAAUGGCUUCGGGACGGACAACCAAUCUUCCACUCCAACCGCUACCGUAUGGUGCACGAUUUCGGCUUUGCCGUACUGGACAUUAUCCAUCUUCUCGCUCACGACACUGGAGAGUACACUUGCAGAAUCUCCAACCAAGCCGGUGAAGCAGUCUCUUCUGCACCAAUCAAGGUUGCGCCAAGCAGUGGCCUCAUCCUUCAUCCUCAGAAUGAGCAGAAGGCUAAGGCCGUCUCAGAUCUUGAGGAGAUCCUGCACCGCAAACCAGAAGAAGCUGUUGUGGAAGUCAAGGAAGCCAUGCCGGUGUUCAUCGAGCCUCUAUCAGCUCCUGUCGAGUGUGAUGAGGGAGACCGAGCUCACUUCACUGCCAGAUAUGAGCCACUUAAUGACAACAAACUACAGGUACAAUGGUUCCAUGAUGGUCGCCCACUGAAGACCGGAUCUCGUGUGAAGACCCUCAACGAUUUCGGUUUCGUGGUACUCGAGAUCAGCCCUGUCUACCCAGAAGACAGUGGAGAGUACUCAUGCCGUGCAAGGAACCUGGUGGGCGAAGCUGUGACCAGCACUCGACUCACGUGUAAUCCCAAGGAACGAAUCAUUCGCGAAUCACAACUGCCAGGUAAAAUGGCCGAGGGAGCUCAGGCGAGAAUUGGCGAGAUCGAAGCACCUCGACCAGCUCCAGAAGAAGGACCUGAAGUCGACUACGGACCACCGAAAUUCACCACUCAACUUGCGCCACCUCCCGAGCUUCUCGAAGGGCCAGAUGGCUCAUCUGGAGGCACAGAUCACUCCAGUUUUGGAUCCAAGCCUGAAGAUCGAAUGGUUCCACGAUGGCAAACCAAUGAAGCAUUCCAACAGAAUGAA